AUGAGUAUCUAUUUACAUACAUAUAUUUUGGAUGUCCCUUUUUUCUUGAAAAAUGUUCGUCACACAGGAAUUGAGGUGUUUGGAAACGAAUAUACAUUUUCAAUGGAUGGUAUAAUAACAAGCAAACCGAAAAGAUCAGGAAUAGGACGGUAUAGUAAAAGUUAUGAAUUAGAAUCUAUGAAGUUAACAUAUUAUGAAUUUUCCGAAAUUUUAAAUGUUCUUGGAAAAAUAUAUAGACCUAAUACAUAUAAUUUUAUAUACAAAAAUUGUAAUCAUUUUUGUGAUGAUUUAUUUGAAUUAUUAUGCGGGAAAAGGUUAUUACAUAGUUUUAUGAUUUAUUCAAGAUUAGGUAAGUUUUUUGGGAACUUUAAAAAUGUAGCAAUGUGUGGAUCUAUUAAUACUAUGGAUAUAACAAAAGAUGAUAAAAAUAUGUAUGUAUGUGCUUUAAGAUUAUCAAAAUCAAUACUUAAAAAAAAUAAAAAUAUAAAUAAAAAAAAAACAAUAUUAUAUCAAAAUAAAAUAAAUGAAGAUAUAAAUCACAAUUUCAUUCAACAACCUUCAUAUAUUAUUCCAUAUAAUUCUACCAUAUCACCAAAUAUGUAUUGUAACCCAAACAUAUUAACUGGAUCAACAGAAAGUUCAAAAUAUGAAAAAUGUUUCAACGAUUUUAGCACAAACACAUAUAAUACAUUAUAUUCAUUAAGCACGACUGACGGGUUUUCUUUUCCAUAA